AUGGCCUUUCAAGUCACCAUCCCGCGGCCGAAUAUCGCAGCUGUGACGACCGAAAUCUGGCCAUCGAUGUCUAACAUGCUAGCUACUCCCUGGAAGCAGGUAGGACGGACUCCGGUAGUCAGUGCCCACGAGACCAUCCAAAGAAUUCCUUCUCAGCAACGGAAUGCGGCGACAAAUGAGCACCUCUCGUUGCCGGACUUUUUGAACUCUGUCUCCUUGAGUGGGUUAAAGGCAGACAUGGUCAGCCAGUCUACCCGGCGCAGCUUGUCUCCGCUCUUAAGUGGAGGAAAUCCCGUUUGGAACUCAAGUACUUCGGCCCGUGGUCUUACUUCUCCGACAACUCGAUCCUUUUCAACCUUGACGCCCUUCCGCCUUCACACCCUUCGUGGGGCUCCCAAGAUAAAUGGACUCUCUAAGUUUCAACAGCAACGGUUCUUGUUCGGAGGUUCCUCGCAGACCAUCCUGGCUCAGAAGGAGAAGACUGCGAACAAUAACCCGAAUAGCGCAAAUGCCCAAAAUGCAUUCUACCAGGCCCUUUUACGUGCGAACAUGUCAGCGAUUGUCGUGGAACGAUUCCGGAGUGCUCAAUUUGCGAGCAACGCGACAACUGAAGCGAUUUACAACAAGGCACUUGAGCGGGUCGGUGGUGAUUCGACUCUUGCUGGACAUACUGGACAGAACCAAGGCCUCUCUUCCGAGCAGCUCCAGGCUGUUGGACAAGCGGUCGCUGCGCGCAGUGGCGGCGGUCAGAUCGGUGUUGCGAACAGAGGCACUGGUGCUAAAGAAGCCCCUUUGUACGUCGUGGUCGACGAGUCCAUGGGUAGCGCAGUGUUUCGCUGGGUCAAAUUCUUCUUGUUCUUUGGAUUCUUCACCUAUGUCUCUCUGGUCCUGAUCACUAUCCUGAUCGAGACCACCGGUGUAUUGAAGAACAUUCGGGGCUCGCAAAAUAACGAAGCGCAACCUUCGCAGCAGACUGUUCGGUUCAGCGAUGUUCAUGGUUGUGAUGAGGCAAAGGAUGAGCUUCAGGAGCUUGUGGAGUUCCUGCUCAACCCUGAUCGUUUCUCUUCGCUGGGCGGUAAACUUCCCAAGGGCGUUCUUCUGGUUGGUCCUCCUGGUACCGGUAAAACUCUGCUUGCCCGUGCGGUGGCCGGAGAAGCUGGUGUCCCGUUUUUCUACAUGUCCGGAUCCGAAUUCGAUGAGGUCUAUGUAGGUGUGGGUGCCAAGCGUGUCCGUGAUCUCUUCAGUCAGGCCCGCGGUAAAUCUCCGGCAAUCAUCUUCAUUGACGAGCUGGACGCGAUUGGCGCAAAGAGAAACGAACGCGAUGCUGCCUAUGUUAAGCAAACCUUGAACCAAUUGCUCACUGAGCUUGAUGGUUUCUCCCAGACUAGCGGCGUUAUCAUCAUUGGUGCUACCAACUACCCUCAAUUGCUUGACAAGGCACUGACUCGCCCGGGUCGUUUCGACCGCAAAGUGGUGGUUGGCCUCCCUGACGUCCGUGGGCGUAUGGAUAUCCUGCGACACCACAUGAAAGAUGUCCAGAUCAGCACCGAUGUCGAUACUGCUGUGAUCGCCCGUGGUACUCCUGGUUUCUCAGGCGCUGACCUCGAGAACCUGGUCAAUCAGGCUGCCAUUCAUGCCAGCCGUGAUCGUAAGACCAAGGUCGGUCCUAUGGACUUUGACUGGGCUAAGGACAAGAUCAUGAUGGGUGCCGAGGCCCGGAGCCGUAUCAUCCAGGAUAAGGACAAGCUUCUGACAGCCUACCACGAGGCUGGCCACGCUCUAGUUGCCUACUUCUCGUCUUCCGCUACCCCACUCUACAAGAUCACCAUUGUUCCUCGCGGCAUGGCUUUGGGUAUCACCCAUUUCUUGCCAGAAAUGGACACCGUCUCGAGAAACUAUACGGAGUAUCUGUCUGACAUUGCUGUUGCCAUGGGUGGUAAGGCUGCUGAGGAAUUGAUCUUCGGCGCCGACAACGUUACCAGUGGUAUUUCUGCCGACAUUCAACAAGCGACUGAAACGGCGUUUACGCUGAUCACCCGCUUCGGCUACUCCAAGAAGCUAGGCAACGUCGAUCUGUCGACCAAUUACGACAGUCUCUCAUCUGAGACGAAGCAAGAGAUCGAGGGCGAAGUGCGCCGCCUCGUCGAGGAAGCCCGUGCCCGUGCCGAGAAGAUCCUCACCGAUAAGCGAAACGAACUCGAGCUGCUCACCAAGGCUCUGAUCGAGUACGAGACGCUCACUAAGGAAGAAAUGGAGAAAGUGCUCCGAGGCGAGAAGCUUGAUAAGCUCAGCUCAUCGCCCAGUGCACCACUCAAACUGCCCGAAGCUUUACAGGCGGCCAAUCUCAACCCGUCGACUGCGGCGGGUAGUCCCCCCACCGCAACAGAGUGA